UGUUGCAACCAAACAGUGAAAGGGGGAAAAUCCCUUGUUGGUAACAACGGUUUCUCACAAAGCUAUACGUAUAAUUGAACAACAAAAGCAAUAAAGGCAAUUUGGAGGUCACAUUGCUGAAAGAGCGGUUCCUGUAUUCACGUAUUAGAGAUUAAAGUUUGAAAAUGAGUAACUUUUAUACGACUUACUUAAACGAGGUGCUGCAAAAACUGGGUCCACUGGAACGAGGUGAAACUCUUCAAUGUCCACCUGGGCGAGGCAACUAUACCGCGGUGGCUUUGGACUUGGAUUGUGGUGCUUCUAAAGCAAUAAAAACUGCCAUGCAAAAUACUAAACGAGAGCAUAGGGGAAACGUCGGUGGUGUGUUUCGUUCGUACAACAUAAAACGGAUUGAACGAGUUGGCAAUCAAAGCCUCUUGGACAAAUACAACAGCUUUAAAACUCAUGUUAGACCACCACACGAGAAAAUGCUGUUUCAUGGAAGUAAUCAAGUGGGUGAAAUACUCAGCGAAGGUUUUGACAAACAAGAAACCAAUCCAAACGGAAUGUUUGGUGCUGGCUUCUAUUUCACUGAUGUAUCUUCAAAGGCAAACCAGUAUGUGUUUGGACGCAAUGGAUGUCCAAGGCAUGGAGACACCUCUUGCUACCGUUGCGAACGACAGCUACUUCUCUGCAGGGUCAUUAUAGGAAACAGCUUGAAGCUUACCGAUGGUAGAAAGUUCGACACUGCCCCGCAUGGAUAUGAUUCAGUGACGGGCGUUCCAUCUCAGGGUGGACUUCGACAUAAGGAAUUCGUGGUCUACAAACAGAAACAGAUCUACCCUGAGAUUGUGAUUACGUACAAACUCAUGCCCUAAUACUACAAAUGACAUCAAUCACGGCCUACUAGACCUCUAGCAGGCAUCAACACCAAAUAUAUAUUAAUAUUAUAUUCGAACAAAAAUUUUAACUGACGUCGUCAUUUUGAUUUUCUACAAAUUCUAUACGCCAGUAAUGUAUGUAUAUAUAUUAAGCCUAUCAUAUAGUAUAAAAGGAGUGUAUCAAUAUAGCAAUGAAAUAUAUAUAGCGAUCAAAAAUAUUCAAGCAAACCAAAAUCGCAGAUUAAAAUUGUUUACUUAAAAAAUAAAUGUCGUCGUGAAAUUUAUGUAUGUAUCUUCCACGUAGAACUGUCCUCAGUUAAACGCUGUGUAACUGAAGAAGGCAAUCGAACAAACAUUUUUUGAUUUUCAAAGUU